AAGAUUACGGUCUGGAGUGGGCCCUUUUGUGUUCAAAGUUACUAAACAUGAAUCACCUUUAGGUAAUAUGUUUUAUAUUUUCCUCCUUUUCUUGGUGGCGGUCUCUCAAGUUUUGGGUACUACGGAAUCUGAUGACUCGAAGACUGUACGCGAGUCGCAAAUGUCUGUUUCUACUUUGAACAGAAGAUGGCUUAAAAGUACAAGUGUGGGUCGAGAUCUGAGUUUGGCCACAACAUUCGACAGCGAGGAACCUGACAGACCAGAUAUUCCAAGUGACUUUGAUGCAAAGUACGGCCUCGACAAAAAUAAAUUCAAAAGAACUCCGUACCCAAUCUUAAGCAGAAGGGAGACUUAUGAGGAUUACGGGGCUGCUCCAAGAGGAGAAGACAUUAUCAAAACUGAAGAAAUUAGUUUUGAUUUCAGUUCUUCUAAAGAUGAAAAGGUCAGUUCGGCCAAACCGAAAAUGACCCAACAGUCAACAAAACCAUCAAACUCUAGUAAAACCUUAAAAACUUUUCAAAAUUCAAAAUUGGCCCUUGAAGAAAGAGAAGAGAAUAAAUUGAAACAAAAUUCAAAAUCUAAGGAUAAGAAUGACGCCCAAGCAGUUAAGAGUUUUCAAAAUAACGUAUCAACAAAAUCACAGUCAGAAGUAAAGCCACCACUCCAGGCUGCAGAGGAUAAAAUUUCUUUAUCAAGUACGAAGACUCAAAAUUCUCCAAAAAGCCCACUCCAGCCACCACAAUUUGAGACAGAAAGUGUCCUGCGAACAACCCGAAACAGCCAAGACUUUACCAAUACAGAAACACUACUCACAACCACUCCAGCAAUCCAAGUAAAAGAAUCAACGGCAAUUCCUCCAACUAUUUCCAGUGGUGCAGAAUCUAUACCAGUAGCCACAUUUUCAUUAGAGACAACCCCAGUAUAUGUAGAAAAUAUCCCUUCUAACACAAAGGAAGACGGAAGAAAAAGCUACAAUGAAGAAAUCCGAAGACCAAGAUUGUUUCACAAAGAAAUAGAUCAAUUGAAUGAAACCAACUGUGCCACACAAGCCGAUUUGGACAGCCGUACGUAUAAAGAAAAAGUCAAAGAGUUUUUGAACUCUCAAAGAAAGACUGAAGAGGAAAUCCGUCGGAUUGAGAUAGAAACAAGGCUGCAACGCGGGAGUCCAUUUUGGUGGCGAGCACGGAAAAAUUUGCUGACAGCCUCCAAUUUUGGAACGGUCUGUAGGAGGUUGCCACACACAAAAUGUGAUAAUUUAGUGAGUAAAAUGUUGUACGGGGAAGAAUAUUCGAGCUACAGUAUGGUGUAUGGCAGGGAAAACGAGAAAAACGCAAUUAAACAAAUGAAAGAGCUAGGCUAUGAGGUGUUGGAUUGUGGAAUGUUUAUUGACAAAGAGUUUCCUUUCUUAGCUGCGACUCCUGACGGUUUGAUUGGAACUCAAGGAAUCCUUGAGGUCAAAUGUCCUUCAUCCGCAGAAAGUUUGACUCCAGAAGAAGCGAUUUUGCAGCGUAAAGGGGUGAUGAGUACAUUCUGGAAGGUGGAGAACAAUCAGAUUUCUGGAAUCAAUCAAAACCAUUCAUACUUCUAUCAGAUUCAAGGACAGCUGCAUAUUACAGGGAGAAACUUUGCGCUGUUCACUAUUUGGACUCCAAGAGGAAUUAAGAUAGAAAGAGUCGAAAAGAACGAUCGUUUUUGGAACGAGUUCAUUAUUGGGAAACUCAAGUCGUUCUACAUGGACUGUAUGCUGCCAGAAAUUGUUGAUUCGAGGCGGGAACGUAAUUUGCCAAUCAGGAAUCCUCGGUACAUCUUGGAAGCAAUUGGUCGCAGACAGAAGAGCUUUACAUCUUACCAGCAACCCACUCCUGAAGAAUUGCCACUACCAAAGAAAGUUGAAGACAAGAUCCAGAAAUCUCCUUCCUUACCAACAGAGCCUCCAUUGCCAAGCAAUGCUGAAGAUGUUUUUCCUAAGCUGAACAAGCCAAAGGGAAGAAGGGCUCCGGUUAGAAUAGUUUUAAAACCUCCUCCAGAAGAUUGGCCUCAACCUGAAGCAAUAAAGGGUGGAAAACAGGUGUGUAAUUAA